CCAAAGCAGCAGUACUAAUGGCACAUGUUUAUCAUAACCUCAAUUUGAAACAUACUUAUGAGAUAUAAUUUUUUGAAAAAAAAGAAAAAAGAUAUUUCAUCAAAUAAAAUAUGUCUAUGCUCGCAGAAACUCGAAGAAAACAAAAGUGGACGUUAAAUCCACGUGGGAAUAAUUGGAGCAAUGAUACCAAUAAAUUUGGACAAAGAAUGUUAGAAAAAAUGGGCUGGACAAGUGGCAAGGGUCUUGGUAUUAAUGAACAGGGUACAACAGAGCAUGUACGAGUUAAAGUUAAAAAUGAUUCAGUUGGUAUUGGUUUUAAACAUGAAGAAGACAAAGCAUGGACAGAACAUCAGAAAGCAUUUGAAGAUUUUUUGAGUUCUCUAAAUGAAAAUACAAAUUCUGAUACGAUAAAGAAAAUAAAUGUUGAAAAUUCUAGAACUACUACUCAAUCAUUAGAAUUAAAAUCUAAACAGAGUCGUGCACGAGUACACUAUCAAAAAUUUACACGAGGUAAAGAUGUGAAGAAAUACAGUGCAAAAGAUUUAGCCGAUAUACUUGGAGAUAAAGAUAUUUUGAAUAAGGAAAAUCAAAUUGAAGAAACACAAGAAAAAGAUACAAAUACUGAACAAAAUGUUGAAAAUAUUUCAGGAAGUGUGAUUACUAUAAACAAGGGUAGUAUUACCGAUUAUUUUAAAAAGAAAACUUUGCAAUUUCUUAAAGACAAAGAUAAUAGUAAUAGAAAUUCUGUAGAUAAGGCUGACGAUGAAAUUGAACAACACAGAGGUUUUGGAUUUUUAUCCAAAAGUCCUAACAAGAAAAAAAACAAUAAACCAAAGAACGAAUGUAAUUAUACCUUUGAUAAUCCUGCUUUAGAUUUACAUAAUAAUAAUAAUGAUGAUGAUACUGUUUUACAAGAGAAUACAAAAUGUUUGAAGAAGAGAAAAGGAAGGGAUUCAUCGUCAAUUGAAAAUGAUAUGAUGCAAAGUUUAGAUUAUGAGGAAGAAAAUUGUGCAAAAAAGAUCAAGAUUGAUGACAAUGAUCAAAAUUGUAAUGAAGGUUUUAUAAAUAUGGCUCUUGAUUUAGAUAUUGAUAAUAAUGAAAGUCAUGUUACAAACAAAUUUGAAAUUUCAAGAAUAAAUCUUGGCGUUACGAAUGGUGCAUUAGAUUUAACUGAUGAAAUAAAAGAAAAAAAACGAGUAACAUUUAAUAAUCAUGUGGAAUACAGUACAGAUUCUAAUAAAAAGAAGAAACAUACCGGUACACUUGAUAAAUUUGAAGUUGAUUCUAAAAAACGUAAUAAAAAGAAACAAAAACAAUUAGUUAACACUGAUGUUUCGAAUAAAAUUGGUAUAAUUAAUGAAGCAUUGGACAUUAAUUUAAUUUCCGAUGAAUUAAAUGAUAAUAAAGUUAAUGAGAGUAAAAGUAAAAAGAAUAAUAAAAAGUUAAUGAAACAACAAAGAAUGUCUAAUCUUGAAACGAUAGAAGAAACAUUGGAAGAAGCAGCAGCAGCAGCAGCAGCAGGUACAAACAAUGUUAAUGAAGUUGAAAAUUUGGAUAACAAUUUAGAUUCUAGUAUAAUUAUUAUUGAAGAAAAUAAUACAGAGAUUAAAGAAGAAAAGAAGAAGAAGAAGAAGAAAAAGAAUAAAAAUAUAAAUCACGAAGUAGAGAUCGAUGAUAUUAUUAUUAAUCAAAUAUCAGAAAAUGUAAAUAGUUCAUCGAAGAAAAAAGAAAAAGUUAAAAAGAAAGAUAAACGCACGAUAAUGGAUGAUGAUAUUAUUUGUGAAAAAGUUAUAGAAAAGAUAAGUAAUAAAAAAAAAAAAUCAAAAGAGAAACAUAGAAAUGAAGAAGAAGAAGAAGAAGAAGAAAAAGAUGUAACGAUUGUAUCAUUGAAUAAAGUCGAUGAAGUUGUUGUAGAUGUUGAAAAAAGUGUAGUAGUCGAUGAUAAGCUUAAAAAAAAAUUAAAACGUAAGCAAAAAAAUGAUAAAAAGCCUAUAAAUAUAAAUCUAGAAUGUGAAUUGGAAGAAAAUGUCGAUGAUCAAAGUAUAAAUGAUGAAGUUAAAGUACAAGCAGAAAAUAAACAUGAUAUAAAUGAUAAAGAAAUGAAUACUUUGAACGAUACAAAAGAAGAUCUUGGAACAAUCAAUGUUGUGAACAAUUCAAAAAUGCAAUUACCACCAAGUAAAAAAUUAUCACGUAACAAAUUACCGAGAAUUAAGUACGAAGAAAAUAUGAGAAAUAGAUUUUUUAUAGAAAGUUCGAGAAAUUAUAAAAAGAUAAUAAGAUCGCAGAAAAAUUUAAAUAACAUAGUCCAUUUUCCAGGUUCUAAUUUGAAUAAAAUAAAAGAUUACGGUGUGGAUUUAAUUCAAUAAUUUAUGAUUAUUUAGAUUUGUUCAUUACUGAGAUAACUAAUAGUGAUAAUAAUAAUUAUUUAUUUGUACUUCUAAGUAUGUAUUUCGUUUUUCAAAAUG